CACACGUCCGAUUUAGCACAAACAAUCAUAGGAAAUGAACAAGACAAUCCAGCAUUCACCGUAGAAGAUGAACUAGUUGAGAGAAGUUCAUCUAGAUUAUCGAAUAGAAGUUACGUCUUAGAAACUCCAACAAUUCCAGUAGAAAAUUUGAUCUCGGUAGUUAGUAACAAUGCUAGUCCUUCUCGGCUAUCUAACAAAAGCUAUACAAUUGAAACUCCCACUUUCACUAAACAGGAUCUUGACAUUUUGACAAGUAGACCUGCAUCUCAGCAAAAAGGUGACUUAGAUGAUCAUUUUAGCCCGUCUCGCAUAUCCAACAGAAGCUAUACAAUUGAAAUACCCACAGUUGAUUCAACUGUGAGGAAAACUCCAGUUCCUCUUCCUAGAAGGAAAUCGCUCAAGUCUUCUGAAGUUGAGCAACUCGAAGAACCUCAAGGACAGUUGGGUGAGGAUAAUACUCCGGCGGAUACAGUAAUAACCAUAUUUCAGUCCAAUGUUGAUGACUUAGAAACACCAAGAUCAGAUGCUAAACUUCAGGAGUCACAAUCACAACAUACUGAUGAUGGAGAAAUGCCUCUUGAAGAUAGGAAACAGAAAAGGAAGAAAAAGAGGAGGAAACAAUUGAAAGCUCAAGAGGAAAUUGAGUUACAAGAACUUCUAGUGCAUGGCGAGAAGAAAAAGUCUGCAACACUUCUUGUUGAUGAGACAAAAUCAACUCCUAGUGUCAAGAGUUUAAUCGAGGCUGCAGAAAACUUUGAGAAGACCACCCAACCUUCUGAUGUUUCGAGCGAGGGGAUUGUUGGAGUGACGAUUCACGGAGUGGACUGUCCCAUCAUAGAUCCGUUGGUACGCCACCCGAUGGUUUGUUUAUACAUUGUUGACACUUCAGUAGGAGAGUUCUACCGCAAGUCUGAUCCAGGCCGAUCAGUUUGCUACAACAGAGAAAACACUGAUUACGUCCUGCCCAUCAUGACUCAUAUGUUUGACUUCCAACAGCGCAAGAGUGUAGUUCCAGUCUGGGAAGAAUGUUUGUUGCUGAACGAAUCACCCUCGCAUCUCCUCACGCCUCACACGCUGUUGCUACUGGAGUUGUGUGACGUAGUGUCGUCUGCGGUGGCUAGUAGCCGUCACGCUAGGCUAGGCAGUGCUGCAGGGCGACAUGUUGUGGCUUGGGCCUUCCUACGACCUGCGGCCAGCUCACUGCUGCAGCUAGGCCAGAGGCUCAGGCUACAGCUGUUCAAACCUGGACGAGCUAAGGACUCGAGGCCGUUGACACCAGCGGUAUAUGAGUGGUGGGGCAGUGCGGCCAGAACCAAAUACCCAGGCAGCUUGUAUAUGACUGUGUCUCAACUGGAGGCCCCCGCCACGCCUCUCUCACCCCGCCCAAGGUCACAGUCAGCACUGCAGGAAGAGCGAGGCUCUCGGGUCUCUAACUCGGCUGCUUCCACCUCAGCAACCGGCUCUCCUGUGGCUGGCGGGGUACAUGGGAUAGAUGAGCAGUCUACUAGGCACAGUGAGGUGCAUUGGUCGAGACUGCCAGGUCAGAGUUGUCUUGUGCUCAACACUUGUGUACAGACUCUCCCUGUGGAGGGUAGCUUGAGUGUACAGUUCAGUGACAACGGACUGUGGCUGGCGUGCGGACGACAGGACAUUCAGAUCUACUCUGUACCCCUGUGGCAGCACACCACCGCCCUCACUGGCCACCAAGGCCUUGUCUAUUGUUUACGAUGGAGUCCUGACAGCAAGGUUCUUCUCUCUGCAUCAGCUGAUUGUACUGUGUGUGUCUGGCGACCAUUUAGUUCCAAAAAUCCUCUGUUGCAGAUGCUGGCCCAUCCAUCGUUCGUAUACUGUGUACAGUUUGUGAGGCCGCUCGUCCUAGUGUCUGGGUGUUAUGAUGCUACAGUGAGAGUGUGGAGGGGGGAGUCUCACAGCUCCUAUCAGCUGAUACAAGAACUCCUCGGCCACUCGGGGUUUGUGUCUUCCGUUUGUACGAGCGUCGACGGCUCCAAAGUGAUAUCCGCUGACAGUAAAGGGUUCCUCAGGGUCUACGAUGUGGAAGAUGAUGGAAGUCUAUCAGCUGGUAGAGACUUGAGUGUGAGAGAGCUGAGAGGUAAUGUGAUCAGCAAUGUGGUGACUCAUCCAGGAGGCCACAGACUGUUGGUUCACAGCAGGAACUCUACUGUGUGUAGUGUGGACCUGGCUACUGGUGCUGUACUGCAGACUUUCAAGGGCUGCAGCAGUGAGCGUAUGCAGACAGGCUUGUGUGUGAGUGCGUGUGGCAGUCUAGUGUUUGCUUGUGGUGAAGACGGCGCCCUGGUGGUGUGGGAUGGACACACUGGUGCACUGAGAGCUGUCUAUUGUGGCCUGCUACCACCAGGCAGUGCUGGAGUGCAUUACCAUCCUCACGACCAUCUGCUAGCUACUGUGGGACUUUCACAACCACCACUGUACAUACUGGGAUAUCACAGAAACGCAACUGGAGAAGACAUUGGCCUUCACAUUAUGAAAAACGAGAUAACCGCUGUGGACGUUAUCGAGGCAAUGAAAAAGAUAAAGACUUCCAACAAAUGGCAAAAAGCUGCUUCCAAAGUCCUCCAAAAACCAUCUAGCUCAACUACUGCAACGGACAAAGGGUUGAAAGAUAAAAAGAAGAAAAAAGCUGGGAAUGUCGAAGAAUCAAGUGGUAACCAACCGCAGAGAGUCAACUGGCCUAGUCUUCCGCAACUGGAGCAUGCCAUUGAUAAGUCUUCUGGAGAGAAAGAUCUGCGAUUGUUGGAAAUCAUUCGCAGAAUGGAUAACAUCAUACUGGCAGCAAAACAGUCUAGUCAAGUACAACAAUAAUUUUGUUUACCUCAACCUUAUUCUAGUCAAAUUGUAUUACCUCUAUGUAUUAAUAGUUA